AUGCCGAAAACAAUCACAAUCAUCGGUGCAACCGGAAACCAAGGCUCCUCCGUCGCGCACACCUUCCUCCAGGACUUCACCUGGAACGUGCGCGCCAUAACGCGCAACCCCUCCUCAUCGAAAGCCCUCGCCCUCGCCGCAGCGGGCGCCGAACUCGUCCAAGCCGAUCUCAACGACAUUGCCUCCCUCGAAGCUGCCUUCCAAGGCGCGCACGCUAUCUUUGUCAACACGGAUUUCUGGGGUCCGUAUCUUUCUGGUGCGACCGAGACUGGAAAGACACAUAGUAGUGACGAUGCGUUCAAUGAGGAGUUGAACCACGGGAAGAAUGCGGCCAUCGCGGCGUCGAGGGUUGCGACGCUCGAGCGAUUCGUGUAUUCAGCUCUGGGACCGAUGAAGCGCGCUUCGAAGGGAAAGUACGCGCAGUCGUACCAUUGGGACUCGAAGGCGAGUAUCGUUGAUUACAUCGAGAGUGAGCACCCUGAGUUGUCGAAGAAGACGAGCAUCAUCUACAUCGGCGUGUACGCGACGAAUCCGCUCUUCAUGCCUAAAGCGGAUCCUGAAACGGGAGUUUACAAGUUCAUCCUUCCCAUGCGCGGCGAAAGCAAGAUACCCAUCAUUGACACACCGAGCUCGACGGGUCCAUUCGUGCGUGCGCUUGUUGAGACCGAGCCCGCAGGGACGAAGCUGCUCGCGUAUGAUAGUUACCUCACCAUCAAUGAAGUCGUCGACACGUGGGCCAAGGCGACGGGGAAGAAGGCGGAGCUGGCGACUGUGACGGCGGAGUAUAUGCAUGAGCAGUUUGGGAUUCCGUGGGAGGUGCUGCAGGCGCCGCUGUGGAUUGACGAGGUCGGGUAUAUGGGUGGGAUCGACAAGUGGAUUGGGGCGGCGGACCUGAAAGUUCGGCCACGGACGAAGACGUUUGGGGAGUGGCUGGCUGGUAGGGAUUGGGAAGGAAUUCUGGACGGCGGUAAUAAGGAGCUAGACAGUGUUAAGGAGCCAUCUGCCUGA